AUGGAGGAUAAUAAUGGUCGGACUGCAUUUCACAGUGCUGCCUUCAAUAGUCAUAUUGACGUCAUCAAAUAUCUGAUCAGUGAAGGAGCUGAGGUUAAUAAGGAGGAUAAUGAUGGUCGGACUGCAUUACACAGUGCUGCUUCCAAUGGUCAUAUUGACGUUAUCAAAUAUCUGAUCAGUGAAGGAGCUGAGGUCAAUAAGGAGGAUAAUGAUUGUCGGACUGCAAUACACAGUACUGCUUCAAUUGGUCAUAUUGAUGUCAUUAAAUAUCUGAUCAGUAAGGGAGCUGAGUUCAAUAUGAAGGAUAAUGGUGGUUUGACUGCAUUACACAGUGCUGCUUCCAAUGGUCAUAUUGAUGUCAUCAAAUAUCUAAUCAGUGAGGGAGCUGAGGUCAAUAAGGAGGAUAAUGGUGGUUUGACUGCAUUACACAGUGCUGCUUCCAAAGGUCAUAUUGACGUCAUCAAAUAUCUGAUCAGUAUGGGAGCUGAGGUCGCUAAGGAGGAUAAUAAUGGUCGGACUGCAUUACACAGUGCUACUUCCAAUGGUCAUAUUGACGUCAUCAAAUAUCUGAUCAGUGAAGGAGCUGAGGUCAAUAAGGAGGAUAAUCAUGGUUGGACUGCACUACACCGUGCUGCUGAGAUGAGUCAUAUUGAGGUCAUCAAAUAUCUGAUCAGUGAAGGGGCUGAGGUCAAUAAGGAGGAUAAUGAUGGUCGGACUGCAAUACACCGUGCUGCUUCCAAUGUUCAUAUUGCCGUUAAUAAAUAUCUGAUCAGUAAGGGAGCUGAGGUCAAUAAGGAAGAUAAUGAUGGUCGGACUGCAAUACACAGUGCUGCUUCCAAUGGUCAUAUUGACGUCAUCAAAUAUCUGAUUAGUGAAGGAGCUGAGGUCCAUAAGGAAGAUAAUGAUGGUCGGACUGCAAUACACAGUGCUGCUUCCAAUGGUCAUAUUGACGUCAUCAAAUAUCUGAAUAGUGAAGGGGCUGAGGUCAAUAAGGAGGAUAAUAAUGGUCGGACUGCAAUACACCGUGCUGCUCCCAAUGGUCAUAUUGCCGUCAUUAAAUAUCUGAUCAGUGAGGGAGCUGAGGUCAAUAAGAAGGAUAAUGAUGGUCGGACUGCAAUACAAAGUGCUGCUUCCAAUGGUCAUAUUGACGUCAUCAAAUAUCUGAUUAGUGAAGGAGCUGAGGUCAAUAAGGAGGAUAAUGAUGGUUGGACUGCACUACACCGUGCUGCUGAGAUGAGUCAUAUUGACGUCAUCAAAUAUCUGAUCAGUUGA